UGUGUCGAGCUCGCUUGCUCUUUGCCCGCCAUUAUUGCUUGGAUUCUCUGUUCCAGACUGUACGGCGCAGGCCCGCUGUAGCGCAGCCGCUCUGAGGCUUACCUUUGCUGUUGUGCGCAGCGUGAUCUAAAUUAGCAUCCCCCAAUGGAAGAUCACGGAGUGGGUCAGGUUGAGCAUAUGGCCACCAUCGAGGCCCAUGCGGUGGCCCAGCAGGUGCAACAGGUCCACGUGGCCACCUACACAGAGCACAACAUGCUGAGCGCAGACGAGGACUCUCCCUCCUCACCUGAGGACACCUCUUACGAUGACUCGGACAUUCUGACCUCCACAGGCACCGAUGAGGUCACCGCUCACCUGGCUGCUGCAGGUCCAGUGGGAAUGGCAGCAGCUGCUGCUGUGGCAACCGGGAAGAAACGGAAGCGACCGCACAUCUUUGAGUCAAACCCCUCAAUCCGCAAGAGGCAGCAGACUCGAUUGCUGAGGAAGCUGAGAGCAACUUUAGACGAAUACACGACUAGAGUGGGUCAGCAGGCUAUAGUUCUGUGUAUCUCUCCCUCCAAGCCCAAUGCACUUUUUAAAGUGUUCGGGGCAGCUCCACUGGAGAAUGUGGUCAGGAAGUACAAGAGCAUGAUUCUGGAAGACCUGGAGACGGCACUGGCAGAACAUGCUCCUCCGCCCUCAGAAAUCAGCUCAGAGCUGCCGCCCCUCACCAUUGAUGGGAUCCCGGUGUCCGUCGAUAAGAUGACGCAGGCCCAGUUGCGAGCAUUCAUCCCAGAGAUGCUAAAGUAUUCGACAGGCAGAGGCAAACCGGGCUGGGGUAAGGAGAGCUGUAAGCCUGUCUGGUGGCCGGACGACAUCCCGUGGGCUAACGUGCGCAGUGAUGUGCGCACAGAGGAACAGAAACAGAGGGUUUCUUGGACACAGGCUCUGAGGACCAUUGUAAAGAACUGUUACAAACAGCACGGCCGGGAGGACCUGCUCUACGCAUUCGAUGAUCAGCAGCCGCAGCAGCAGCAUAUAGCGACUGCAGCCACGCACAGCAUUGCCCACCUCGUUCCCUCACAGACUGUGGUGCAGACCAUCAGUAACCCCGACGGCACUGUGUCUCUCAUACAAUAUUCACAGGUCGGUACGGGAGCAACAGUAGCGACUCUUGCAGACGCCUCAGAGCUGCCAGGAACAGUGACAGUGGCACAGGUCAACUACUCCACGGUAACUGACGGAGAGAUUUUUCAGAAAGGUCGGCCUUUGACGUGCUACUUUGGGGUUCCAACUGAAAGAUCCCCUUUAAGUCAGGUGGAACAGAACUGGGCAACGCUCCAAGGAGGGGAGAUGACAAUUCAGACGACCCAGGCCUCUGAGGCCACACAAGCUGUAGCAUCAUUAGCAGAGGCAGCAGUGGCAGCUUCCCAGGAGAUGCAGCAGGGAGCAACAGUAACCAUGGCGCUCAACAGCGAAGCAGCCGCCCAUGCAGUAGCUACACUGGCUGAAGCAACCCUACAUGGAGGGGGGCAGAUUGUGCUUGCAGGAGAGACUGCAGCUGCUGUUGGAGCGCUUACAGGCGUCCCUGACGCUAACGGUCUUGUCCAGAUACCUGUGAGCAUGUACCAGACUGUGGUCACCAGCCUAGCCCAAGGAAACAGGCCGGUUCAGGUUGCCAUGGCGCCUGUCACCACCAGGAUGGACAACAGCAUGACUCUGGAUGGACAGGCAGUGGAGGUUGUGACCUUGGAACAGUGACAUCUUGUUGGUGCAGAGCAGUGUAACUUCCUUUCUCCCUUGCUAGGAGCUCCAGUGUGAAGUGGUGCAGUCAUAGAGGAUACAGAGGUGUUGGACUAAAGGGAUCCUGUUGCAGGGUUUUAUAAAGUUUAAAAAAAAAUAACCAUGUGCAGGGUCACACAAUUGUCAUUGCAUAUUGUUCGCUGUGUAAAUAAUGUUUUGUUUUUUAUUGUUUUUGGUGGCUGAAUGUUGGCAGUUUGUGUGGAGGAGGUUACAUAUUUAUUACUUCAUGUAUGCAUUUCCUACUUGUUCAAAACAACAAAAAAGUUAACCAAAAAAAAAAAUUAUGUAUGGGCAAACAUGGAGGCAACUAAACAGGAGCCAAGCUAAACAAAUUGUUAUAAAAAAGAAAUACUUAAGGGCCAGAUUUUAGAUUUAAACAUUUUUACGACAGAGCAAUUUGCAUCUGUUUUGUGAAAGAAAAAUAAAACUUUAUAUUACAGAACUAGUAACAGACAGCUUGGGUACAUCUUUGAGUCCUUUCUUGCUUACUGUUUUGUAACAUUAACAGCUUGAUUUUCUUUUUAAAAAUAGUUCAGAGUGCCCAAGGCUUAUUUAUUUGUUUAGAAUUUUUUAAUAUUAAAACAGUUCUGGUGGCUAUUUCGAUUUUCAAAUGAACAAGGGUUAUCAAAAGGUUAACCUAUCACAAGAACUAAAAAUGAACUGUCGUCGAGGAUCAAGACAGGUUUA